CAAUUCCCUUCAAACUUUGAACCCCGCCCCUUGUUUCAUUUACUCUGUUUCCCUGAAAGGGCGGUGUGUCCAUUUCAAUUAGUGGUCAUUUAAAACAAAACAACCGAGAUGCCUAAGAAGUUCCGUAUCAAAGAGAUGCGUGAGGUGGGGCUGAAGUUUAUAGAAUUUCUAAAGGAUGCGGAGCAAGAAGAAGUGACCGACAGGGAGAUUCUUAAAAGUAUUUACAAUUCCCAAUUUCGGGGCAGGAAUGGUGUCCUAAGUGUCAAUUUCUCGAGUGUACUUUAUGCACUCAGUCGAACAGGGAAAGCCCGGGUAACUGGUGGCCAGGUCUAUUUUAACUCUCAGCUGAAAAAGGUGGAGUAUGCUGACCAGUAUCGUAAUCGUUGGCCUGACCCUACCGACAAUCUGGCAACGCCAUCGCCUGCAGCCCCUAUCCAGGAACCUGGGAAGAAGGACCAUGCCAAAGCCAUCAUUUGUCAGAUGGUUCAGAACAAGAAACGGAUCGUCCAGAAUAAAGGUGGUGUGAGAGUGUUUUCAGACUUUGAUACCGGUGAGGGUAAAAUUGAGGUUUUCCUCAACCCCGACACCCAGGCAUCAGUCCCCAUCGACAUCAAGAAUGAAGGGAUCGAGAUAGUGACCUUUGUACGGUGUGAGAUGCUUUGCAAGUUCCCAGUGUUCACCCUGGGGAAUGAGGCGAAUGUGACCAGCUCCCAGCGAAUUACCUUGGCAACAGGAAGCACCCAUCGGAUUGAAGUCAUCUGCUCGAUGCCGGACUCUGGCUAUUUCCCAGUCACCCUCGCCUUUCAGUUUGAAGAUGCCAGCUCCAGGCCCUUCAACAUUAUUCGCUUUUUCUCGGCUCGGGUAACCAGCAGCAUCACUGAAGUGUUGAAACCAACUGGUCCCUACAAACCAUACCAAAGUUCCAAUCGGCGUCCGACAGAAGCUAUUAUUGAAGAUGGAUUGAUGCCAGACGUCUUUUCCAACUACCGUCUGGAAAAAGCCAGAACCCUGCACCAAUUUCGUUAUCCUCGGGCGUUGUUUACGGCUCUCAAGCACGGACUGAAGCAGGACAAGAGUCUUCCUGAGGUGGAAAGGAUUAAUUCAUUACUUGCCACGCUGUUAGGGUUUGACAAUUACAGUGAGCGGUUCAGUUUGUUGCUGCACAUGGAGGAGAUUCAGAUGGAAGCUGACAUUACCAGGUACAACAUGAAGGGAGUUCCCAUGCACCGAGAUCCACACAAGAGGCACCUUCUCAUACUCCAGGUUCCUGGAGUUGCUGAGAACAGACCAUCUGUGCUCCGAGGAGAUCAUCUCUUUGCAUCCAAGUGUGACGAUGUGAAGCAACCGGUAACCUGUUACAAGGGCUAUGUUCACGCUGUGGAGUUGGAGCAAGUGAAACUGGGCUUUUCUCAAAAGCUUGUGACUGCUUUUAUAAACAACAUGAAAUUUGAUGUCACCUUUACAUUUAAUCGGCUACCAUUGCAACUGCAACACCGUGCCGCAAAAUUAGCCAACAAGGAAGACAGCCUGAAGGAUGUGCUGUUUCCCACUUAUUCUGAUGGACAAUGCAUGCAUCCUUUGGACAGGAAUUUGGCAUUUUAUGAUCGGUCCCUUGAGAAUAAUCCAGAACAGGCUGAUGCUGUCCGUUACAUUGUAUCCGGGAUCUCCAGGCCAGCUCCAUAUCUUGUGUUUGGUCCUCCAGGAACUGGGAAAACGGUUACUAUCGUGGAAGCUAUCAAACAGGUUCUGUGCUGUAUCCCAACAGCACACAUCCUUGCAUGUGCUCCAACCAACAGUGCCACUGACCUCCUAUGUCAAAGAAUCCAGAAACAUGUGAACAAAAGGUACAUUUAUCGCCUCAAUGCCGUAAGUCGGAUCUGGAGCGCCAUCCCCCGGGACGUACAGGAAUGCUCAAAUUGGAAUGAAUCCAACCAGGCGUUUGAGUUCCCAACGAAGGAAGAGCUCCAGCAAUACCGUGUCAUUGUCACUACCCUGAUUACAGCUGGAAGGUUGGCAUCUGCAGAGUUCCCCUAUGGUUAUUUUUCACAUGUGUUCAUCGAUGAGGCUGGGAACGCUAUUGAGCCGGAGUGUGUCAUUGCAGUUGCAGGAUUGCUGGAUGCAAUGGAUUUAGAAAAGAACAAGGAUGGUGGACAACUGGUUCUGGCUGGAGAUCCAAAGCAACUGGGACCAGUGCUGAGGUCCCCCAUUGCCAUCAAACAUGGACUGGACCUGUCUUUCCUGGAAAGGUUAAUGAGUGGGAACACUCUUUACCAGAAGAGCCCAAGCACUGGCUGCUACGAUAAACAUUUUGUAACAAAACUUCUGCGUAAUUACAGAUCGCAUCCAAGUAUCCUGAGAAUUCCCAACGAAUUGUUCUACGAUAAUGAGCUGAAAGCACAUGCCGAUAAGUUAAUCAGUCACUCUUACUGCCAGUGGCAAGAGCUACCAAAGAAGGAUUUUCCAAUAAUCUUCCAUGGAGUUCUAGGAAAAGAUGAGAGGGAGGAAAAGAGUCCAUCCUUCUUCAAUUCUGAAGAGAUCCAGCAAGUCUUGAUCUACCUGAAGAAGCUGCUGACCAAUCAGGGAAAGAAGGGUUUCGCUAAGAUUUCACCCAAAGAAAUUGGGGUGAUUACUCCUUACAGGAAACAGGUUGAGAAAAUCCGGGAAGUAAUUUACCGACUGGACGUGGAGCUGAAGGCUAUGAAUGACAUCAGAGAGUUAAAGGUGGGGUCUGUCGAGGAGUUCCAGGGACAAGAACGAAAAGUGAUUAUUAUCUCUACAGUGCGCAGCUGUUCCAAUUAUUUACAGAUGGAUGAGGACUUCAACCUGGGCUUCCUUAAAAACCCAAAGCGUUGUAAUGUUGCACUGACCAGAGCCAAGGCCCUGCUGAUAGUGGUGGGAAACCCCAAAAUCCUCAGCAAAGACCCAAACUGGAACAGCUUCCUGAGCUACUGUGUCAAUAAUCAGAGUUACACUGGCUACAAUUAUGCAAACGAUGAGAUUGAGAGCGACCUUGUCGAAAGUCUUGGAAGACUCAGCCUGGAUCCUGACCCUGCAGAUCCUGAUGCUGUCAGCAUUACCCAGCAGCAGCUCGAGCCUGAAUGGAGGAGUGAAGUUUGAUGGGUCUGAACCUUAAACAUGAAGACAACAAUAAUAUUGCAGCUCAGAAUGACUAAAGUUUGACUGGAAGAGCUGCUUUAGUCAAAUGUUUAUAUUAAUAUAUAUUUGUAAAGAAAAUUGAGUUCUCUUAAAUUGAUAAGAGCUUUCUAUAAAUUGUUUGAUUUCAAAA